UUAAAGUAUAAAUUCUACUACUACUCAUACAUCAUUUUAUGUAAUCUCCAUUGAAAUUGAAAAACUAGAGUAACAUAUAAUUCAUUGCAUAAGAAAAAGAUGGCGAAACGAGCAUCUUCCUUUUGUCUUCUCUCAUGUAUCGUUGUCUUCUUACUCGGUUUAGUCUCAGCAGCCACAGAUAAUCGUCAAGAUAAACAGGUGUACGUUGUUUACAUGGGUUCACUUCCGUCUCGACCGGAUUACACACCAAUGUCGAAUCACUUAAGUAUUCUUCAAGAAGUCACUGGAGAAAGUUCGAUGGAAGGUCGUUUGGUGCGAAGUUAUAAGAGGAGUUUUAACGGGUUCGCUGCCCGACUCACCGAGUCAGAACGAGAACAACUAGCCGAAAUGGAGGGAGUUGUGUCUGUGUUCCCGAACAAGAAGUUACAACUCCAAACGACUGCGUCUUGGGACUUCAUGGGGUUAAAGGAAGGAAAGAAUACAAAGCGAAACUUGGCGGUAGAGAGUGAUACUAUUGUCGGAGUCAUCGACACUGGUGUUUGGCCAGAAUCUGAGAGCUUCUCGGGCAAAGGAUUUGGUCCGCCUCCGAAGAAAUGGAAAGGUGUUUGUUCAGGCGGCAAAAACUUCACUUGCAACAACAAGUUGAUCGGAGCAAGAGACUACACAGGCGAAGGCACCAGGGACCUCGACGGCCACGGUUCACACACAGCGUCUACAGCUGCUGGAAACGCAGUUACGGGCGCAAGCUUCUUUGGAAUAGGUAACGGAACAGCGAGAGGCGGCGUUCCAGCUGCUAGAAUAGCUGCUUACAAUGUUUGCACCGACUUAGGGUGUAAAACAGAUGCUGUACUGUCUGCAUUCGAUGACGCAAUAGCAGAUGGUGUCGAUGUCAUUAGCGUAUCCCUUGGGGAUGACAAUGCCAUCCCGUACGAAAAGGACCCCAUUGCAAUCGGGGCUUUUCACGCUAUGGCGAAAGGGAUUAUCACUGUGAAUGCAGCCGGCAACAGCGGUCCAACUCCGAACUCGGUUGCGAGUGUCGCACCGUGGAUAUUAACUGUUGCAGCCAGCACAACCAACCGUGAGUUUCUCACCGAAGUUGUUAUCCAAAACGGCAAGACACUGGUGGGAAGAUCGGUGAAUGCUUUUGAUCUGCAAGGAAAGAACUAUCCUCUUGUCUUCCAAGAAUCUCAGGCCAAGGGAAAAAUAUUGGUGAGCGAAUAUUCAUUUAGUUCAAAAACAGCUGUUGCAACCAUAAUUGAAGGCUACAACAACUACGCCACCAUUAGCCCUCGUCCCCUCUCUGCUCUAUCACCAGAUGACUAUGACUUUCUUCUCUCUUACAAUAAGUCCACAAAGUCGCUACAAGGCACUGUUCUAAAAACUGAAGCAGUCUUUAAUCAGAGCGCUCCUAAAGUUGUUUCCUUCUCUUCUCGUGGUCCAAACACCCUUGCUGUUGACCUUCUAAAGCCGGAUAUAACUGCACCAGGAGUGGAGAUUCUUGCUGCAUAUUCACCUUUAAGUCCACCAUCUUUAGAAGACCAGAGACGUGUGAAGUACUCUGUUCUAUCUGGAACUUCAAUGUCUUGUCCACACGUUGCUGGCGUGGCUGCGUACAUCAAGACUUUUCAUCCUGACUGGUCUCCAUCCAUGAUUCAAUCUGCCAUCAUGACAACCGCUUGGUCAAUGAAUGCUUCUGACACUGGGGUUGCAUCAACCGAGUUCGCUUAUGGAGCGGGCCAUGUGGACCCAAUAGCCGCUCUAAAUCCUGGACUUGUCUACGAACUGGACAAAGCAGACCACAUCACCUUUCUCUGCGGCUUGAAAUACAGUUCCAAAACCCUUAGACUCAUUACCGGUGAAGCCGUCAAUUGCACUGGAAAUACCUUACCAAGAAACCUCAACUAUCCUUCAAUGACGGCUAAACGUGCUAGAUCAAAUAGCCCCUUCACCGUCACUUUCAACAGAACCGUCACCAACGUCGGUACCCCCAACUCUACAUACAUAUCGCAGAUUGUCUUAAAUCACGGGACUAAGCUCAGUUUCAAGGUCUCUCCUAGUGUUCUAGCUAUGAGAUCUGUGAAGGAGAAGCAGUCUUUCACCGUGACUGUUUCAGGCAGCAAUAUCGACCCAAAGCUGCCUUCUUCUGCAAGUUUAAUAUGGUCUGAUGGGACCCAUAAAGUUAGAAGCCCCAUUGUUGUUUAUACUGAUAUUCCUGAUUCAAUCUGA